AUGCACAACAGGAUCCUGCUGAUUUUAUGGCGUGCAUGGUUUCUCCAUGAUGAUAUAGUGCAUGGGAAUGGAAAAGAAUCCAUCUCAGGAUGGGUGGGUUUCCUACUUAAAUACGAACAAGAAGUCAAAGAAGCACAAUUGAGAACUGACAGUGUGAAAGCGACAUGCGACAUGAAUCAGUAUGGGGAUCAGCGCCUCACACCACCGGUUCAGAACGCCAUGAGAUGGGAGGCCCCGCCUAUUGGAACGAUUAAACUAAACACAGAUGCAGCGUUUGAGGCAGCCACGGGGCGCAGCGCGGGCGGCGCAGUUGCAAGAGACCACCAGGGUCGGGUUCUUUUCUCCAUGGGUUGCAACAUAGACCGAUGCUUGUCAGUUGAGGAAGCAGAAGGAAUAGCAGGGCUCAUGGGGCUCCGGGAACUGGCAAAAUACUUUAAUGGCCCUAUUGAGGUUGAGAUGGACUGCCUCGUGCUGUCAAGGGCAAUUGCACCCGGAGUAUCCAAUCUGUCGCCCUUGUACCCAAUAGUUGCAGACAUGCAGGCGAUUCUGGCUGGCUACCCCUCAUGCAAAACUAGAUGGAUCAGGAGAGAACAAAAUGGCCUUGCUCAUGGCCUAGCACACCGUGCAAAACUGUUAGGAGACUUCUUCCAGCUGUCAUAUGUGCCCGAUGAACUAAAUGACAUCUGGUCAAAAGAGUGUAGGCUAGUUUGGUAA